GGAGGGAAGGGAGGAGUUUUUUGUUAUAUAAGUGGUAAACGGGGAGAAAGAAGAGUUGAGUAGGGGAUUUAAGAGUGGCUGGUUGUGGGGCAAGAGUAAAAGUGAAGGAGAGAGACAGAUAGGCUGCUCUACUUGAAGCUCUGCUGUUGUAUCACUGAGCUUCACACGGAACUUGAAACAUGUCUCAGCGGUACUUCGAGCAUCCGAGUCUCACAGCUGCAUAUGCCAAGUUUCGACCAGAGCCUCCGGCCUCACUGGUGUCACACAUCCUGGAGUACCUGCACCAAGGGUACGAUGGCCCCCUGGAGGCAGCCGCAGACGUGGGCUGUGGCUCCGGCCAGAGCACUCACGUCUUGGCGCCACACUUCAACACAGUCACAGGCCUUGACAUCUCCCCAGCACAAAUUACCGAAGCUGUCAAACUCGGCAAGACCUCAUCAGUCUCCUUCAGAGUGAGUGGAGCUGAAUCCCUGCCAUUCCCUGACAACAGUCUGCAGCUAGUGACAGCAGGUCAGGCCUGCCACUGGUUUGACAUGCCCAAGUUCUUGAAGGAGGUGGACCGUGUGCUUGUACCGGGUGGUGUGGUGGCCCUGUACUGCUACCUUCUACCACGUGUUGUUGACCCCCACCUGGGUGAGAGGCUGAGUGCAAUGUUUAGUGAGGUCUAUGAUGAUUUAUUGGCUGGGUGUUGGGGGGAGGGCCUCAAAGAUGUGAAUGACUGUUACAGAGACCCCAAGUUCACCAUCCCUUACCCUGACUCCAGCAGGGAUGACUCACACUCUUUGAUGACGGAGUUGAGUGUGGCUGAGCUGACCCUCUUCAUGACCACCUGGUCAGGGUUCAACACAUACAGAGAAAGGAAUGGUGAAGCUGCAGCUCAAAAACUUCUUGAUGACUUCCAGAAAAAAGUCAUGACCACUCUGGGGGUGAGCACCCCCCCUGAGAACACACGCCUCCAACUCGACACCCACUUCCCUCUCCUCAUGGGGCGCAAACCACGCAUCUAGAGAACUCAGGGCAACCUUUUGUUACAGGAGCUACAGAGUGAAGGUAUUAAUCUCUGGGUCACUGUAGGUUUGUGGUACUGAUGAGUGUCUUUAGUGUUAGUAUUGAUAAUAUAUAGGGGUCUGUAGCAGUGAUAUUUUUGUUGAUGUAUCCUGGUCUUCUUAGUGUGUCUUGGCCACCUCUUAUAAACUAACCUUUGAACCAACCUAUAUCCAGAUUCCUGUGAUGCCUUUUGAAGCACCAUAUAUAUUUGAGAUCUCGUAUGUUUAACCUUUUUUUUAAAUAGCUAUGCACAGAAAAUGUUCUGAGUUGGGUAGUGGCAUGUCGGUUUAAUGGCCUGAUGUUUUGGAAUGGUUUUAUAACUACAGUAUACUCUUCCUUAGGUGAUGAAAACUAGUGCUAUAUUUACAGUUUAAUUAUAAAAAAAAAAAUAAACAAGAGAAAGUUGUUACAUUUGUACGUAAGGCAUACGAGACAUUUCAGUACUGGCAAUGUCAAAACCUCUCUGGUCUGAGCAAACGUGUUGGAUGAUCGUUACCAAAGUCAGUGGAUGGCAUGCAUAAGGCACUCUGCUACCCCAUAUCAUACCCUUCUGUGGGCCUAUAGUAUAAUGUUCCCUAAGUAAUUUGUUUCACAUCUCAUAACAGGCACUUAGCUCACAUCCUAAUAACCACUUCAAUAAUAUAAAUAGCUUUGUUAUAAAUAUGGGACACUGAAGAAGGCAUGUGUCUGAGUCUGUAAUAACCAGACUGCAUAAGCAUUACCAUGUGCAGUUUUAAUGAAACUUAGAUCCAUUUACCCAUAGGAUGUGAUUGUUAUUGCUUGAAACUCUUAGAAGUCUUAUGAUGCAGUUAACACUUAGUGAUAAAAUUUAAUAAUGGAUAUUCAUAAUGAGGAUUCCUUUGGUUGCUGCCAUCCUACACUUUAGCAUGUACAAUUACAGUACACAGACUAAUCAAUACUGUUAAACUUGCUUGCAAUCGGCAAAGAAAAACCUCGGGUAGUAAAUGCUGUUGAGAACCGGUUGCUGCAAAUACUUUUAAACUGCAGAUACAAGUGAGAAUAUGAAUAAUGCAUAAUAUGUAAGUUAAUGAGGCAGGGCAAUAGAUUUACAUUAAAGUGAUAAACUACCUAGACUUGUAUAAAAAGAACUUAAAUUACAUCUCAGUAUAUAACUAUCAAACAACUAUAUACAUAUCAAGCACGCCAGAACAUACACAUGCUCUCAAUAAAACAUUCAUAUCA